UACAUUGACUAUGUGUAGCUAAUAUGUCCUUGAUUGUUACUUAUUUUGAUACCGAAGUAUUUUUUUCUUUGAGAUACUUAUAUUUAUAAACUAAAUAAAAUUUUAUGUUCACAAUACUGACAAAAUGAACAUUAUUUCUUUUUGUUCCAUUACAAUUCUGCCAAUAUGUUUUUGUCAAUUGAGUAAUAUUAUUGACAGUUAGUCUGAACUGUCACUCUUGUCAGACUGUCACUUCAUGUUUUAGCCUUUUCUCACUGAAUGUUUUUCAUUAACAUUCUUUCAUAAUUCUUAGUCUUUAGCUACGUAUAAAUAUUUUUUAACAAAUAUAAUGGACAACUGCAACACCACUCCUAAUCAAAGUGUUAAAGGUACAUACGACCCUGGCUGGAACGAUCCCCCAAAAUUUACAUACAACGCACAGAAAACCACGCCUGGCAGGCCUCGAAACUUUUUAAAUAAAAGGGUCGCAUUCCCUUUAUCGAAUUCAUCGACUCCUACCCCUCCAGCGCCUGUAAAUUUACCUCCGAUGCCUGCAUUAGUGCCUUCUGCACCUCCCAUUUAUAGUAAUAAUGUAAAGAACCAAAUUGAAGAUGUUCAAAUGGACAGUGAGAAUAUCCUAAAAGAAGUAAAAGGAUCCCUUUUAGAAAUAUUGGAAAACAGUAUUGAAUUGGGAUCUAAAGCUAAUGAUAUCAAGCGACGAAUAGCUAUCAUGGAGGAAAUGUGGCUUGGUGGGAAAUUAAAUAACAAUGUAUAUAUGCAAAUGAAGGAUUUGGCUUCAUGUCUGAAAGGUGAUGAGCCAAUGAAAGCAGAUGAAAUUCACAGGGCACUUAUGGUAGAUCAUGUGAGUGUGGUGGGCACAUGGAUGCCAGGAGUCAAGCAGCUUAUACACAACUCCAUAGCCCGAAGUGAAUUAUUAGGUAUAGAAGCUACUGAUGACAGUUAGUCUUCAUUGACAGAUGAUCCACGUCUUGAUAACAAAUUAUUUCUAUGGUAAUUCAUUAUCUCCAAUUAAAUUUUGUGUGAGAAAUGUCCUUAAUGAACUGUGUGUUUGGGUUGUACUAUGGUCAACUUCAUGGAUUUCCUUCAGCCUGAACAUGAUUCAGUUCUAGACAGUAACCUUCCAAUUUUCUUCCAUUGUCUGGUAUCGGGAAAACUUGCAAUUUAUGAUUAUUAUCAGAACCAUUUAUCUAUAAUAAAUCAAAUUUAUAAAUUGAUAACUGAAUAAGAAUUAUAGUAGUUAACUUAUAAACAUGCUGUGCAUACAUUUUAUUAUUUACAUAAUACCUAUAAAAUACUUAACUAAAGAAAUCUGUAUUAUAUGGAAUUAUUAUUUUGCUGUGAUUAUUUUAGAUACAUAAAUUAUCAUGUAUAAUUUUUUUGCUUGUGAAUAUAACCAGGGCUAGACUGGGUUUGAAUUUCUCUGUUGCUUCUGUAGACUUAUUAACAUAUUGAUGUUCAAAUCAAUAUAAAAAAUGUAUUGGAUCUAAGCCUGCAAAGUUCCUUAAGUUUGGUGUAACAGUGAUCAAUACUGUUUAUUUUUUAAAGAUCACCCUAACAUUUUCUCCUAGAACAUGUGUAAGUUGUUAAGUUACAUAAAUAACUAAUAUUACAUACACCAAGCUGGAUUUAUUUUUAUCUAAUAUUGAAGAAGUGAAUUUGUAUAUUAAUUGAUGCAUUUUCAUAUUUAUAAAUAGUUUUGAAAACAUUUUUUUUCAUGUAAAGUGUGAAAUUCUUCCUUAAAAAAAUUGUCUAAUCUAGUCUCUAAUACAAACUUAUUGUGCUUAAUUGCUAAUCCAUAAGUGAUAAAGUAUUUUGUAAGCAAAUAUGUGAUUACAAUUUUAUUUUUAUCCUUUCUAUAUAUUUUGGUGCUUUCUAAUUCUGAAAUGGAAGUUUAAAACAAUGUACAAGAUGAUUUUGUAUCGUGAAGUAUGUAAAUAAACAAAUUUUUAUGAUAAAA